AUGCAUAAAAAAGGUAUCACUGAAGAAGUUGCGAAAAAACGUACACGUCGUGCAGUUAAACAUCAAAGAGCUGUUGUUGGUGCAUCAUGGGAAGCGAUAAAAGCUAAACGUAAUCAAAAACCUGAACUUGCUCAAGUUGCUAGUCGUGGAUCUAAAAUUUCCAAACAACAAGCUCGUGGCGCUCAACAGAAAGUUUCUGCAAAGAGUCGUUAA